CGCCGCUGAACCCGCGCUGGCCGCCCGCCGGGGCGCCUCUUCCUCCUCUUCGGGGACUGAAGGGACCGAGCCGCCCGCUCCGCGCCCCUGCGGGUUUCGCCUCUUCCCCGGGUCGGAGUCCGGCUCCUCAGGGAUUCUGCCCUUUGCUGCCACCGGGGCUGCGGCGUGCAGCCCUGCCCCGCUCUCAGCCCCGUCGCUGCCGUCCGCCCCCCAGCGCCGGCCGGGCGGGUCGGUGCCCGCUGCCCCCGCAGCCCCCACGGCUGCAUGACCGCCGCGGUGUCCGCACGUUUGGAUUCGGUGGAGUCCUGGGCCUUCCAUGCGCUGCUGGUGCUGCCCUAUAUGUUUUACGUGGGCUUGUUCUUUGUCAACGUGCUGAUCUUGUACUAUGCCUUCCUGAUGGAGUACAUCGUCCUCAACGUGGGCAUCGUUUUCCUGCCAGAGGAUAUGGACCAGGCUCUGGUGGAUCUGGGGAUGCUCUCCGAUCCCGGCUCUGUGCUCUACGAGACGGACAGCGAGCUGGAUGUCUUCGACGGGUACUUGGAGUGACGCCCCAGGGCGCUCCGAACCGACUGAGCUCUGCUGCCUCCCGGCCCGGGGCAGGGGCCCGGCGUGCCCGCAUGGCCGCAGCUCGGGGACCGCCGCGGCCCCGGGGUGCCCUCGCUGCGUCGCGGCUCCUUGUGCGCAACAUCUUAACUUCCAAAUGACACCCACCUCGCCGGUGCAGGGGCCAGAGGGGCAGUCGGGAGCCGCUGCCGCCGGGCAGGCCCGCGGAGGCGCAGAGGGCUGGCAAGGGAAAUUCAUUAAACACCUGAAAUGGAUUAUGACCAGGCUAAUGGAUCAAGUCCUGGAAAGAAACUAUACUCUGAAAUGUAGAGAUGAAAAUAAGGACAAGAGAACAAGAAGAGUUGUCACCAGAUGUCGGCUGUGACUUCUCUUCAUGGUCUUUGCCUCUUGUGUGUGCACUUACUGCAGUGAUUCAUGCACCAUGCUGGGCUUCCAUGGGUAAUUCUGGGAUGGACUAUAUGAAAAAAAUAAGAUAACAUUAUAACAGAAAAUCAAGAUAUUACCCAGAUUUGAUAACUGUUGGAUGAAUACCAUGUCACCCAAAUGGACACACCCUACACAUAGCUUAAGCCAGUUUUACAAUCACACCUUGAAAAUUCUACCAGCCAGUAGUUCAAAGGCAGUGCUUUCUCAGGGGAAAAUAUGCAGGAGUGACUGAAGGAGGUUCUGUUCAGGGAGUAUAAUGUCAAGAACUGUGCCAGCAAGAUAUUUUAUUUAAAAUGAGGGUUUUGAAAUAGAUCAGAGAAUGAAUUCUAUAUGUCAGGUGGAUUCACUAUUUAACACAGGACCCUUCACAGAUUGCUUAGGCUCAUGUUCCUAUGUACAGAUGUGCAAGCAAUAGAAUAAAGACUGA